GCUGCAUCCAGGUCACAGAGCCGUGUUUGUAGCGGAAGAGAAGAUGGCGGCUGCAGCUGCGGGGAACAGAAAGAGCGGGCUGCUGGAGAAAUGGAGGAUCGACGAGAAGCCGGUGAAGAUUGAUAAAUGGGAUGGAGCAGCGGUGAAGAACUCCUUGGAUGACGCUGCGAAGAAGGUGCUGCUGGAGAAGUACGGUUACCUGGAGAACUUCCAGUUGGUCGACGGGCGCCUGCUGAUCUGCACUGUGUCCUGUCUGUUUGCCAUGCUGGCUCUGGUCUGGGACUAUCUGCACCCCUUCCCCGAGUCCAGACCCGUCCUCGCCUGCUGCGUCAUCUCGUACUUCAUCAUGAUGGGCAUCCUCACGCUGUACACCUCCUACAAAGAGAAGAACAUCUUCCUGGUGGCCAUGCAGAAGGAUCCAGCUGGGAUGGAUCCAGACCACAUCUGGCAGCUCUCCUCCUCCCUCAAACGGUUUGACGACCAGUACACGCUCCGGGUGUCCUUCUCCGACGGGAAGUCCAAGAAGUCGAGAGAGGCGGACUUCACCAAGUCGGUGUCGGCGUUCUUCGACGAACACGGGACGCUGGUGAUGGACCAGUUUGAGAAGAGCGUUUCUAAACUGCACGACACGCUCGCCGCCGACAAGAAGACCAAAUAAAAGACGGGAAGCAAACGUGGUGUGAGUCUGCCUCCUCUGUUCCUCCUCAGAGUUCACUGGUUUCAGCGCCGGCUCCAUCAGGAGCUGCCAGAGGAAACUUAUUCAUGCAUUCAUAUUAAAAAUCUGAAAUCUGCAGUCUGUCUGUUUUUACCACCACACUCUGAACAACCCCGGAGGUCAGCACGCUCAGCCGCAAACCGGCGGCCGCUCCUUUAUUAGACAGACUCGGCAGCAGGCGGAGUCACAGGUCCGUGUUGCCCACUCAUGCUCCGAGAGUGGGAAUGAUCAGAAACCAGUGAACUUCAGGAGGGACAGAGACCAGAGUCAGACGCUCAGCUCCACUCUGAAGGGUUUAUUUUCCUGUCACAGCUAACU